CUCAAACAGACCCAAAACACUCCUAUUUUAUCCUCCACGAAUGUUUUAUCACUGAUAAAUUUAUCAACUAUCUUUGUCCAAUUGUUGGUACUCUAUAGUGCAAUUCGAAUUUGCUAAUACAAACAGUUUGAACAUGUCACUCCAGCCAAAAGUAUUUAGUUUUUUUGAUGGUGCCAUUCAAGAUCAUUGUUUUUUUGGCAGUAAUAAUCAGCUUUUAGCGAUAACUCAAGAUAAAGAUAUAAAAAUCUAUGAUGCCUCAACACAACAGUUGCUUCAAAUAUUGUCUGGUCAUGAAGCCCCAAUUACUGCAAUUGAUGUUUCUGCAGAAGGAUUGAUAGUUUCUUGUUCCCAGGAUCGUAACGCUAUUGUUUGGAAACCAUAUAUCAAUCAACAAACCGGUGUUUUAGAUUUUAAAAAAGAUUUGGUGUUGUUAAGAAUUAAUAGAGCAGCAAUUUGCUGUAGAUGGUCACCAAAUGGCAAAAAGUUUGCUGUUGGAUCCGGUUCAAAAGUGGUUGCAAUUUGUUACUAUGAAGAAGAAAAUGAUUGGUGGAUUUCAAAACAUAUUAAAAAGUUUAUUAAAUCAUCUGUUUUAUCAAUUGAUUGGCAUCCAAAUAAUGUUCUAAUUGCUUGUGGUACAGCCAAUUUCCAUACUUAUGUUUUUUCAACAUUCAUUAAAAGUAUUGAUACAAGACCAAGUCCAUCUUGUUGGGGCGUUAAGCUACCAUUUAACACACUUUGUGGAGAUUUUGUCAGCAGUACAGGUGGUUGGAUUCAUGACGUUUCAUUUAGUCCAUCUGGAAAUGUUUUGGGAUUUGUUGCUCAUGACUCGACAAUUACAAUUGUUUAUCCCUCAGAACCUAAUGAACCACCAAUUUCAAUGGUAUCUGUCAAAACAAACUAUUUGCCAUUUAAAACUAUUAAAUUUUUAAGUGAAAAUGAACUAAUUGUUGCUGGGCAUAAUUGUUUUCCGAUUCUUUUUACUGGGAAUGAAGAAAAUUGGUCAGAACAAAAAAGUAUUGAUCCGGCAGCCAAGUUAAAUAGUAAAAAUCAGAGUGGAAAUAAAUUAUUAAUAGGUGAUGAAGAAGAAACUACAACUGCUAUAAAUAUGUUUCAACAAAUGGAUUUAAGAGGUAAAGUUGUUAGUAAACAAUCAACAAAAUUGUCAAGUACUCAUCAAAAUACCAUCACCUCGUUAAAAUUUUUCUCCAAACAUCAAAUUUCUACAUCUGGUAACGAUGGAAAAGUGGUAAUUUUCAAUAUCUAGGGAUAUUUUGUGUAUAGAUAACAAUAAAAUUUUUGUUUAAUCAUUUCAGAAAGUGUUUUUUUUUAAAAAAAAUUAUAUUUUUUAUUAUUUACUGGAAAAGAAAUUUAGAAAUUGAAAAAAAAAAAUAAAUCAAUUGUUAGAAAACAAAAAUUGGAGUUCUAUAAUAUUCAAAAAAUAAAAAGAACAAACAGAUCGACAAGCUUUCAAUUGAAAAUAGUUAGUAAAAUUGAGUCAUUAAUUUAUUUUUUGCAUCAUCUAGUUAAACAUUUAUUUCUAAUGGCUUGCAAAAAAAAAUUAUAUGUUUUAUUAUUUUUAAUUGAAUGUAGAUUUCAGAAUUUUUUGAUACCAAUUAUCAGCACCAUUUCCACUAUGGAAAUUAAGACGACUCUUCCUAUAUUGUAAUAUUCGGUAAUAUCUCAUCAUUCACAAUUAAAAUUCAAUUAUUUCAUUUUAUAACCACCAAAUA